AUGGACUUGAAUGACUGGAGGGCGACAGUCGCCAGAGAUUGGACACGAAUCAAGGAUGCGCCAGCGAAGGUGCGUGGAGACAGGGUUGCUGGACUGGCGGCCGUACGUCAGUCGGCAGAGGCUCUGAACUAUUUGGAGCGCAGCCUACAGAUGGAUCGGCAAGUUGUACUUACAGCAAUCGCGGCGCACCACCGUCCGCGUGAGGUGGGCCCAAGACCCGGUCACGAAUUUCUGGAGACUGCCACGGAGACUGUGGAGGACUUGGCGCAGCUCAGCAACGCGGCCUUCGAUCUCGGCUACUCUGCGAUGAGGCUGACAGAGGUCGUUUGCCGAGAGUUGGUCCACUCAUCCGCCUCCUUGGCGCAAGGCGCCGCAUCUGCCUGGAACUCUUCGGAUGACACCCAGGAGUCUAGCUCUCCAUCUCCGCGGCCUUCGACCACCGCAGAGGUCUGGCAGCGAAUGCCCACGAGACGGCGGAGCGUGAGCGCAGCAGGCUCUCGCCGGCGGAAGGCACCGGAUUCGACAAGCGCCUGUGGUGAAGGAGGUCUUUGGCGAAGGAGCUCCAGUCGCGCUGGCGCGCGAGAUAGGCGAUCUCUGGUCCGUCCCGCAGAUUUCCGCACUGACAGCAUGAGCUCCGCUCGCUAG